UAUAAGCCGCGUAAACUGAACUCGGCAGGUCAUUUGCUAGAAAAUUUUUGAAUCAAACACUACUGGUUUUCCACGUCGCUUAAUCUAAUUUCACCAGAAAAAUCACUGCUGAAGUCAAGGAAAAUUAAUCACACAGCUAUGUCUCAAAUGGCGUCCAAGGAAAACAUUGCAGACAACAUGGAGAAGUUCUCCCUUAAGAGCCCCAGCAAGAAGAUAUUGACGGAGAACACCAGCAACGUUCGUAAAAUGUCCCUUGGUAACGAGGAAAAUGGCCAAGUGAUCAAGGAAAUUGAGAACAAUGCCGGAAAAUCAGGUGGCCCCGCUUCAAUCAUGGAAAAGUCGGUAACUCCUUUUGAUCCGUCACUGGAACCUUUGCUGAAGGAGAACCCACGCCGCUUUGUCAUCUUUCCCAUUCAGUACCACGACAUCUGGCAGAUGUACAAGAAGGCUGAAGCUUCUUUCUGGACAGUCGAGGAGGUGGACCUUUCCAAGGAUCUUACCGAUUGGCACCGCCUUAAGGACGAUGAACGCCACUUCAUCUCCCACGUGCUGGCCUUCUUUGCUGCUUCCGAUGGAAUUGUAAACGAGAAUCUGGUUGAGCGCUUCAGUCAGGAGGUUCAAGUCACGGAGGCUCGCUGUUUCUAUGGAUUCCAAAUUGCCAUGGAAAACGUACACUCGGAGAUGUACAGUGUGCUCAUCGACACUUACAUUAGAGAUCCCCACCAGCGCGAGUACCUGUUCAAUGCUAUUGAAACGAUGCCGGCGGUGAAGCGCAAGGCAGAUUGGGCUCUGGCCUGGAUCUCCUCAAAGUCUGCCAACUUUGGAGAGCGCAUCAUCGCUUUUGCUGCCGUAGAGGGAAUUUUCUUCAGCGGUAGCUUCGCCUCCAUCUUCUGGCUGAAGAAGCGAGGUCUGAUGCCUGGUCUGACCUUCUCCAACGAGCUGAUCUCCAGGGACGAAGGCCUUCACUGCGACUUUGCUGUGCUAAUGUUCCAGCAUCUCGUCCAGAAGCCACGUCGGGAGCGCAUCAUCGAGAUCAUCCGCGACGCUGUGGACAUUGAACAGGAGUUCCUCACAGACGCCUUGCCCGUGAAUUUGAUCGGCAUGAACUGCGACUUGAUGUCACAAUACAUCGAAUUUGUUGCGGACCGGCUACUGGUAGAGCUGGGCGUCGGAAAAAUCUACAACACCAAGAAUCCUUUCAAUUUCAUGGAGAUGAUCUCGCUGGACGGGAAGACCAACUUCUUUGAAAAGAAGGUGGGAGAGUACCAGCGUAUGGGCGUGGCUACCAACCGACUGGACAAUGUCUUUACCCUGGACGCCGAUUUCUAGGGCUGGUCCCGGAUGUAUGGGCACUACCCAUUAUUUUCUAUUUCUUAACAUUGUAUCUGACCUCCUAUACUAUAUUUUUACUAAGUUAAUCUAGAUUAAGACGGCUCACUGACUUUUCAAAUAUUAUAAUAAUCAUCAUUAGGACCUCUUUCAAUGAUUGAAUUUUGCAAUUAUCAAAUACUUGACAAGGAGCGUACCUUUUUUUCAAAUUCAUUGUAUAUACCACGCUUAAAUAAAUUUAUACGUAGACUAUUAAGCACCAA